AAGGGUUUUCGUUUUCUCUACGAAGAGAAGAGAAGAAAGAGUUCUGAAAUUGUAUUCAAAAUCGCCAUGGAAUUUCUCCAUCGUACUGUUUGAUUACUUCACCGAUUCGGAUACAAUUUCUCAGUGUUCUGUUAUUCCGCCGCAGAAAAAAUGGCGCUCAAGCUCAGUGCAUCGGCUGUUUACUCGCUCCAGAACCUUCCAUUACGCCAAAGAACUCAAAGCUGCAUAUUGAACUUCAAAGUAAAUCGACUAUCUCGAAAUUCCCAGAAAGCCCUUUGCAGUAUGAACAUUUCUGCUGACCAGCCAAACGAUCCUAGUAAACUAAGCAUCGGUUAUGUUGCUGACAAGGCAAGAAGUUUGUGGGAGAGUUCUCCUGAGCCAGUCAAGAGCUUCCCUUGGAACAAGACAUUGGACAAUUUUAUCCAACUAAUUUUAGACCUUGUCUUAAAUGUUGUCAAAUACCUAUCCUUACCUGUAUUUGCGGUUACAUCUGUUAGUGAAAUGUCGUAUUGUGCACACGAGAGGAAGCUUUACCUCAUACCGCUUCCGUUUCUGGUUGGAGUUGGUGUUGCUGGGGUUUUAAGAAAUGCUGCUUUGGAAUCUUCGCCGUAUCUCAAGAAUGCAGAAGUCCCGUGGCAUCUGAUUUCGGUUUUGAUAUUUUUCGCAUUGCUCAAAUUCCCUGGACCUUAUUACCCUUAUUGGGGUCGUAUUUUAAUUCCGCAUUUUGCAAAUGGAGCCAUAUUAAGGACUUUAUGGUUCAUGUUUUUGUGGUACCGAAAGCCCCAAAAGACAUCGGAACAUAACCAGACCGAUUCGAAGACCGACAACUCAGAAGCAAAUGUGGCCUGAUUAAUGAUUAAAUCCUUGCAUAGGUAAUGAAAGUGAGUUUUUUGAGAUACUGUGAAACUGUUAUUCUAUGAAAAGAAUCCAAGUUUAUUGCAUUUAGGAAAAUAAUUGGUAAUGAUUUAAGUGGAGAACUAUAUGCAUGAGUCGUUUGGGAAUGUUGACGGGAUUGAUAAUUGAAUUCGUUGGGAUUGAAUUUUCCAGGACAAUGUAAUAUGUGAUUAUGUUCUAAAAAUCCUGUGUGCCUGAUUAUAUUCAACGCCCGUUCUUUGUGCAUGGAAUAACGUUUGCAAUAUUUUCGUGCACAGAGUGAUUUCGGUGAAAUCGUGACCAUGUGUGGGCACAGUGACGAUUUUGCCCUUUCUUCCUAUUAGAAAAAAUAUGUUUAUUGGAAAAAUUAUGUUUGAAGUUUGAUAGUUGGUUGAUUGG